CUAUGUCCCCUGGAGGGUUCCGUAGGUUCCCUUGUGCGCAUGCGCGUCAGAGGAAUUUUCUGCCUGUUCGAAACCAGGGGAGGGAAAGCAGUCAUUUCUUGUUGCCGUCACCAUAACAUCAUGACCGUGUAUGUUCUGUCAGAUGGGUCGGGGCCAGGCUCCCAGGUACCAUCACACCUGACCAGGAUUCCCAUGGCUCUCCUCUGCCCAAACACUAACUACAACAACAAAACAGUCAAGGGUGAAGUGAUUCAUAAAGGGCCGCUUGUGAGGGUAGCAACUGAUGACUUGAUCCUGAAAACCAUCAUUCAUGAGGAAGAUGCCAUGCAGAGUGUCGACUGUCAGAGAAUGUCCAUAAACAUGGUCAUUUUUGGAGCAUUAGCUGAGAGCUUCAGCCACAGAGUCAACCCAGGGGACAUACUCUGGGUCUCUGGCUUCACUGUGGGGAAAUCUCCAACAGUGAAUAAGGACAAGCUCCACCCCUGUAACUUGCUACUGUCAGGAGAUGAUGCAUGCAUCUAUCUCCAGGUUUCCAAGCAGAGACCUCCUGAGCCCAGAUCCCCGCUGGCCAGCAGGGGGAGCUCCUUGACUCCUGCUGAGGACCUCAGGACCCCUAGAGCUCCUAGGUAUACAUACGUGCGGCUGGAUGAGCUGAAGAACAUGGCGGUGGUGAAUGUCUAUGGAGUGGUGGUGUUUUUCAAGCAACCGUUUAAGAGCCGUGGUACAGAUUACUGCUCCAGCCUGAAGAUCACCGAUCAGUCUGAGCAUAAAAUCGGCUGCACCAUCUUCUGUGAGAAGCUGGAGGACCACCCCAGAAUCUUUCAGACUGGAGACAUUGUCCGUAUGCACAGAGUCAAGGUACAUUUAUACAACAACUCCCUCACAUUAGUCAACACAUUCGGGUUCUCUGUGGUGACGUUUAGUGGCGCAGUGGGUGGAGGUAUGGAGCCUCGGACAUCUAGUAAAAGCUUGCAGUUGGACGAAGACGACCGGCGCACCAUAGAGGAGCUGAGGGCCUGGGCUGCUUGCCAGGCUCUGCUUUCCUCAGUCUCUGCUGCUGUCCCUCUAUCUGCCGUUCAGCCCAACACCUACUUUGACCUCAUCUGCCAGCUGCUGGCCAAAGCCUCCAUUGACUCCACCUGCACACUGCUCAGAGUCUGGGAUGGGACCAGAUGUCCUCACGCCCUGCUGAAAGUCAUUGUUGAGCCCAACAGCACAGAAGGGCCAUCUUCUUUCUCCAAACACAAAGAGAGCCACAUUGCAAACGUCCUUGUGUACGACAACCACGUGGAGUUUUCCAGACACCUAAAGCCUGGUGCCUUUUUGAGAAUCUAUAACCUCCGAGCAAUCCCAGGAUCCAGUAGAGUGCCGGGCCUCACCAGCAGCCAGCCUGUGGAGCCGGAUCAUCUGGCCUUCCACCUCCAUGGAGGAACAUCAUACGGGAGAGGCAUCCGGCUUCUGCCAGAAAACAGCCCAGAUGUGCAGGAGCUCAGAAGAGCCAUGGAGGCGUUUUUAGACCACCAAGACGAAGAAGUUUCUGAGCUGAACGACUCUGAGCUGCUGGAAGUCUGGAGCACUCCACCAGAGUUUAUAGAUGGCGAUGUGGUGGACUGUAGAACUGAGCGAUGCUGUGACCACCAGCUGCAGCUGGUGACUCUGUCCCAGGUGAAGCAGAGUGCUGGUGGCCAGACUCACCAUGUUCGAGCCCAGAUAGGCUCUUAUGAGCCCCGCCGGCUGCACCGCGCCCUCAAACUCUUCUGCUGCAGCUGUUCAGCAAUUCAGGACGUCCCAGAUGAAGAGCUGCUAGCCGGGAUCUUCUCUGAGGCGACCCGGUGCCCUACGGCCUGUGCUCCUCCUCCAUGGGCGCUGUCUGGACAUGUGGAUCUACCAGGAGACGCCUCAGCAUCCCAACAACACUCUCCCAGUGUCCACCUGUCCACCAAACUCAUGACAGAGGGCAAAACUGAGCAACUCAUCUUCCUCAUGGGGUGCUCUCUGGAGGAGACGCAGCACCUGGCAGCUGCUUACCCCAACGUUGUUCCAGUGGCGCCAUCUGGUGGCCGGCUGGCCCUGAUGGACCUGACCGCACCCUUCCUGUUCAGAGGAACAGACAGACACUACGGGUGUAAGCGGUGCUCUGAGGCUGCAGUGAGGGAGCCGAGUGCUGCAGGAGUGGAGCAGGUCGAUGAGAAGAUGAUAGCAGAGAGUGAGACAUGCUGCACUUCCUCUGACAGCUCAGAGUUUCUGGCCUCCUACUGGAUGGAGGAACUAACUAAACUGUGUUGCUUCUGUCUUCAGGAGCUUUUUUUCAGUGUGGCAGCAACAGAUGUCUCAGCCAAUCAGGAAGCUCAAAACAGCAUUCAUCAGACCAUGGAUACACUCUGUCCAGCAGAGGGCAGCAUAGGUGAGCGGCCAUGGCUCGACCUGUGUCUCAUGGCGUACCGGACAGAGGGCGAGGAGAGGCAGAUCCAGACUUGCUACCAGAUCUGCAAUACUGUGGUGGUCAAACCCUGCUGUAACAGUCCAGACGAUGCACAAUGAAGCACAAUGGACCAGUCUGGACUGGACCGGACCUGAAGCACAGCACCUCACAUUCAAACACAUCAAGUGUUCUGUCUUCUGAGCUGCUUGGUGGGAAAUCUGUUCUUUGCACUGAUGGGAUGCUUUCUGUUUGUUUCCAUCCCAAAGUUUUCUCCACCAUUCACCAUAGUGAUUUAAUGACUUUCUAAAUAAAAGCAUAAUCCGUAAA